AUGCGCUUUUCAGCAAGCCUCAAUGCUGUUGUCCUCAUCGGCGCAGCAAAUGCUAUCCCUACUCAUUCAACUGCUGGCUUCGACCAGGUUUUGGCCUCCGGGACAGAAGAGCACUCGGCAAGAGUCUCGAACGCCGGUCCGACUGUUGACUAUCAGCAAAUGAACCCCUUUGAUGUCACCCCUCAGCCCGACAGCCACGAACGCCAUUCUCACAAAAUUUGCUGGCCAAAGGGUGUCUUACCUCACCAAGAUUUCGUCGACUGGACUCUAUUCAAGGCUAACGGUGCCAACCUUGGAGGUUGGCUAGAGAAGGAGAAGACCCACGACCCGAUCUGGUGGAACAGCUUGGGUGAUGCUGCUGCUGCUACUUCGGACGAGUGGAGCCUGUGCGAGGCUCUCGGAGAUGCCUGUGGUUCAAUCCUCGAGGAACGAUACGAAUCUUUCCUUAACAAGUCCACCAUUGAUGCAUUGGCCAGCGUGGGUGUCAAUACUCUGCGUAUCCCUACCACGUAUACACCUUGGGUUGUAUACCCAGAGACGAAGUUAUACCGAGGCAACCAGCUCCACUAUCUUCGUGAGAUUACCACGUAUGCUAUCGAGAAUUACGGCAUGCACAUCAUCAUCGGCCUGCACUCCUUGCCCGGUGGCGUUAACAAUCUCGACAUUGGCGAGGGGUUUAUGCACGAUGCAUGGUUCUACAACGAGACCCUGCUCGAGUACAGCUGGCAAGCCAUUGACUCCAUGCUUCACUUUAUUCAAGAGAGCGGCCACAUGAACGCUUUCACCAUUGCCCCUAUCAAUGAAGCUAGCGACGACUUGUCAAAUUUUGGUUCGUCCGCAGGUCUUUCCGACAACGCUACCAACUGGGUCAUCAAGUAUAUGGACGGCGUAUUGGAGAGGGUUGAGGCCGUGGACAAGCGCAUUCCAGUCAUGCUCCAGGACAAUUUCAAGGGCGCAUCCUUCUGGGCACCUCUGUUUGACAGCUCGCACAACCUUGUUAUCGACUCCCAUGUCUACUACUUUGCCGCUGCCGGCACGUAUUCGAAGUACGUGUCGUACGCCAUCUGUGGACAGGCUUCCUACCUCGCUGAGGAGACUAAGUUCCCAGUGUUCAUCGGCGAGUGGUCACUCCAGGUCAUGUACAACAACAGCCUAGAUUAUCGCAAGACCAUGUUCGACACACAGCGAUACGCAUGGCAGAAGUAUGUUUCUGGUGGCACUUUCUGGACCGCAGUGUCGUAUUCCACAAGCGCGGUUGAUGGCGAGGGUACGCAGAGGGACUACUGGAGCUACGUUGACUUGAUCAAUGCCGGUGUUAUUACCACCGCGACUAACAGCAGCUACUGCUAA